AUGAAGCAACAACGAUCGAUAUUUGAGUUUGCAUCUCAAAAUUCAUCACGGACUCAGGAAACUAUUGAUCUAACAGUUGAAUCCGAUGAUGAUAGUCUUAAACCCGAAGAGGUGGAAGAAUCACAGACUUUCAAGAAAUUGAAGCUAGACAAGGGAUUGACUGUUAACGAUAACGAAUUUUUAGAAGAGCCAUCUGAAGAUCUAGAAGUCUCAGAAGAGCCCUCUAUAGAGUGUCCAAUAUGUUCCAAGAUUCUCGAUGCUGUAGAUCUUGACAAUCGCAUGGAUCAUGUAAACGCAUGUAUGGGGAAGGAAGUCAAGUCAGAGAUAGUUGUCAAGCAGGAGGCCAAAGACGUUAGCAAAGAAAUUCACUUAGAUUUUGAUGACUCGGUAUCAUGUCCGGUGUGUCAACUAAGAUUGGAUGACUUUGAUGUUGACGAAAGGGUGCAACAUGUUGAAGAUUGCUUGGCCAAGCUAAACAUCGAGGAUGAUUUUAGUAUGAAGGGAGAAGCAAGCAUAAAGGAAGAAGCAGACAUAAAGGAAGUUGGCGCUUUGAAGAGAAAAGUGGGAAAUAAACUAGAGAGACCUCGAAAUCCAUAUGUGAACAAUUCUACUUUCCAAAAAGUAACGGCAGAAAACAAGAUUAUAAAGGUUCCUACUACAAUACGACGGAGGCAAAGUAAGAGAUCUGCUAUUCCUCCUGUUAAAACUCUAACAUUUAAAGUAAGCGACAAUACCAAAUACGAUAUUGCGGUAGAUGCAUUCAGCUUCGUCCCCCAUGAAAAGAUAACUCAGUAUGUUCUUACUCACUUCCAUGGAGAUCAUUAUGGUGGGAUCUCGAAGAACUGGUGCUAUGAAAGAGUCUUUGAAGGGGAAACAAUAGACGAAGAUAAAUACAGGCCGAUUAUUUACUGUACUGAAAUCACAGGGAAGUUGUUGACCUUACGAUUUAGUAUUGACCCAAGGUUUCUACUGAUCCUCCAGUUUGAUAAAACUUACAUCAUUAAAGAUUACUCGAAAGAUGAGCAAAUCCCAACUGAAUUGAUUGAAGAAGAUCAGGUUGCAGAUCUCAAACCAGGUCUUUAUAUUACUCCCAUCACUGCAAAUCAUUGUCCUGGUGCAGCAAUAUUUCUAUUUAGAUCGAUAUCGAAUAUGAGAGAAAACACAUACCUGUUGCAUUGUGGUGAUUUUAGGGUGAAUAAAGAAAUUCUUAAACACCCCAAGCUUUUGCCUUUCUUGAAUACUGAAAGCACUUCCCUUACUCUUGAUAAUGUGUACCUUGACACAACUUACAUGAGUCCCGAAUAUAAUUUCCCUAAACAGGAAGAUGUGUGUGAUGCAGUGGGUAAGAUGUUUCUGCAUUUGACUGGGAGGGAAGAUCCAGACAAAGAUGGAAAGUCUACGAGUCUUUUCAGUACUUGGUUUGGUAAUCUAAGCCAAUCCCGUAUCACAGAUUAUCUUUCAUCGACUUCACGUACCAAAAAGAAGUUUUUGAUUCUCGUUGGGACCUAUUUAAUAGGCAAGGAAAAUUUGGCAAUAGCCAUUCUGAAGAAGUUGGGUGGUUGCCCCAUAUAUGUAUCAAAUAUAAAAAGCAGAGGAGAUAAGUUUCAAAUUUUGAAGACAUACGGUAACAAAUUUUUAGACCUGGUAUUGACAGAAGAAGAUAGUGCUGAUUCAAAAAUGGCAUCAUCUUGCAUGGUACAUUUGGUUCCCAUGAACAUUGUGGGUUCGGUGGCAGAAAUGUCUAAGUACUUUAAUCACAAUAAAUACUUUGAAAAGUUUGAGAAGUGCAUAGGAUUAAGGCCGACUGGUUGGACGUUUCUGAGAAGGAAUACAAGGGGAGUGGAAGAUUUGCUGUUUGACGAAUUAUUCCAAAUAAUGAAAGAUGUCCCGAAAUUUAGUUACAUGCAACACAUCUUACCUCAGGCUCCCCCAAUAAAGAAUGGGAAUUCGAAGAGGUUGAAUGACUCCUUAUAUAGAGUAUAUACUCUUCCUUACAGUGAGCAUUCAUCAUUUAGGGAACUAUCAUACUUUUCAGUUAUGCUAAGAAUAGGCAGAAUUAUCCCAACGGUAAAUAUAGGAAAUACCCAGAGUAUUAAGAAAAUGGAUCAAAUAAUAGGAAUUUGGGAGCAGGCAUCGGAUAUGAAGAGUGAGGGUAAGUUCCCUUUAAAUUUAGACGACUUUUAA